GAGCCCAUCUGCUCCGUAGCUCGCACGCUCCUCCCGGGCUGGCGCACGCCGCGUCCCUCCAGCUUCCCCAGACACCUGCCCCUUCCCCGUGUGCCGCGCCAGGUCCUCCAGACCCGCGCACCCAGUGGCAUGGCUCCGAGUGGUUCCCGUGGGACCGAGGUGGCGGUGGUGGCCACGCGGCCCGAGCAGCCGCAACUCCAGCCCCAUUGUCCCCCCUUUUAUGGCUCCGUCUCCGCGGGGCCGCUCGUCCGAGUGGCCAGAGAGUGAAAAGAGAGGGAGGGCAGAGCUCCGGCGCGAGGCGCGGCUCAGCGCUGCUCCUAGACUUCACCGCACCCAGCUCUGGCGGCCGCUGCAGCCUCAAAAAAGUGCCCCAGCUUGGGGCGAGGGGCGGGAAUGCAAGAUCGGGACCUCUCGCUGGCCUGCAAGCUUUGGUCUCCACACCUAGGAAACUCCUGUGGGCAAAGUCUGCAGAUCCAAGAGCGUCCAGGUUAGGAGACGCUCAGCCUCAAGCAACUGGGGUAAGCCAGAUCCCAUUUGGUCAAAGCCUUCUCCUCAAGCAGUACUUCACCCUCCGGCACUAGACGCCUCCAGGGAGCUGAAGCGGGGCAGGGCUCGGUGGGCUAGUUCUUAGCAACCCAGGGCUAAGACCCGGUAUGGAGAGGAACAACCACAGACGCGGCGUCUUUGCCAGGCGCUCUGGAAGUGCAGGGGACGCGCCCGCCUGCCUCGGCUGCCGCACCCAUGACCUCUAGUUUCAGCUGUGAACCUGGGCGGAGGAAUAAUUGAGGAACUCACGGAACUAUCAACUGGGGACAAACCUGCGAUCGCCACGGUCCUUCCGCCCUCUCCUUCGUCCGCUCCAUGCAAAAGAGCUGCGCUCUGGGGCUGGGGCGAGGAGAACCAUGGAGGAACCGGGUACUCAGUGCGCUCCACCGCGGCCCGCGGGCUCGGAGACCUGGGCUCCUCAAGCCAACCUAUCCUCUGCUCCCUCCCAAAACUGCAGCACCAAGGACUAUAUUUACCAGGACUCCAUCGCCCUACCCUGGAAAGUACUGCUGGUUAUGCUACUGGCGCUCAUCACCUUGGCCACCACGCUCUCCAAUGCCUUUGUGAUUGCCACAGUGUACCGGACCCGGAAGCUGCACACCCCGGCUAACUACCUGAUCGCCUCUCUGGCGGUCACCGACCUGCUCGUGUCCAUCCUGGUGAUGCCCGUCAGCACCAUGUACACUGUCACCGGCCGCUGGACACUGGGCCAGGUGGUCUGUGACUUCUGGCUGUCGUCGGACAUCACCUGUUGCACUGCCUCCAUCCUGCACCUCUGUGUCAUCGCCCUGGACCGCUACUGGGCAAUCACGGACGCUGUGGAGUACUCAGCUAAAAGGACUCCCAAGAGGGCGGCGGUCAUGAUCGCGCUGGUGUGGGUCUUCUCCAUCUCUAUCUCGCUGCCGCCCUUCUUCUGGCGUCAGGCCAAGGCCGAAGAGGAGGUGUCGGACUGCGUGGUGAACACCGACCACAUCCUCUACACGGUCUACUCCACGGUGGGUGCUUUCUACUUUCCCACCCUGCUCCUCAUCGCCCUCUAUGGCCGCAUCUACGUGGAAGCCCGCUCCCGGAUUUUGAAACAGACGCCCAACAGGACCGGCAAGCGCUUGACCCGAGCCCAGCUGAUAACGGACUCUCCCGGGUCCACGUCCUCGGUCACCUCUAUUAACUCGCGGGUUCCCGACGUGCCCAGCGAAUCCGGGUCUCCUGUGUACGUGAACCAAGUCAAAGUGCGAGUCUCCGACGCCCUGCUGGAAAGGAAGAAACUCAUGGCCGCUAGGGAGCGCAAAGCCACCAAGACCCUGGGGAUCAUUUUGGGAGCCUUUAUUGUGUGUUGGCUGCCCUUCUUCAUCAUAUCCCUAGUGCUGCCUAUCUGCAAAGAUGCCUGCUGGUUCCACCUAGCCAUCUUUGACUUCUUCACCUGGCUGGGCUAUCUCAACUCCCUCAUUAACCCCAUAAUCUAUACCAUGUCCAAUGAGGACUUUAAACAAGCGUUCCAUAAACUGAUACGUUUUAAGUGCACGAGUUGACUUGCCAAUUGCAGUGGGGUCGCCUAAGCGACCUUUGGGGACCAAGUUGUGUCUGGUUCCACAGGUAGGUCGAAUCUUCUUUCGCGGUUACUGGGUCCCAGCGAGGCUGUCUCUCCUGGGCAAGGGCAAUGGAUCCUGAGAAGCCAGGAUAGUCCUGAGAGAGAGCUCUGAAAGGAGAAGUGUUGAAACUAAACGUAGAGCUUCCCUGCCCAGGAGGAGGCUCACUUCCUCCCCCUCAAGCCUCGGGCUCAGCACUGACCCCUGCGGCAGCCAAUCCCAAAGGGGAUUGCAACUUUUAAAAAUUGAUUAUGGAAGGGAAUCCCUGCCCUGCUUUGGUAUCAUGGAUAAUGCCCACUAGAACCAGUGUAUUUGUAAUUGUUGUCUGAAGCUUGUCUGAGACAGAUCUACAUACAGCCUGGCAGUACUUGAACUAGACGCUUAAUGCCCUGUGUUUUUGGGGAGAACUUUGUGU